AUGGAAAAAUGGUGGUUUAAUUCUAUGUUGUUUAAUAGGAAGUUAGAAUACAGGUGUGAAUUAAGUAAAUCAAUGGAUAGUCUUGGUCCUAUUGAAAAUACCAGUCUAAGGGAAGACCCUAAAAUUUUAACCGAUAUAGAAAAAAAAAUUCACAGGGAUUUGGAUUAUUUAGAAAUGGAAGGUUUUUUUUCUAGCGAUCUGAAUACUGUUUCUAAGAAUGAUGAUGAUCAUUACAUGUAUGAGACUCAAUUUAGUUUUAACAAUAAUAUUACUAGUUUCAUUGAUAGUUGCAUUGAGAGUUUCAAUUUAGGUGAUAUUGACAAAUACAAUGAUAUUUAUUUUUAUAGUUACAUUUUUUUGAAGGGCAGAAAUUGUAGUGAAAGCGAUAAUUCUAGUACUAGUAUAAUAACUAGUACGAAUGAUACAAAUGAUAGUGAUUCCACUAUAGGAGAAAGUUCUAAUAAUCUCGAUGAAAGUCAAAAAUAUAAGCAUUUGUGGCUUGAAUGCGAAAAUUGUUAUGGAUUAAAUUAUAAAAAAUUUUUUAAAUCAAAAAUGAAUAUUUGUGAAUACUGUGGAUAUCAUUUGAAAAUGGGCAGUUCAGAUAGAAUCGAACUUUCGAUUGAUUCGGGUACUUGGAAUCCUAUGGAUGAAGACAUGGUUUCUCUGGAUCCUAUUGAAUUUCAUUCCGAAGAGGAACCUUAUAAAGAUCGUAUUGAUUCUUAUCAAAGAAAAACGGGAUUAACUGAGGCUGUUCAAACAGGUACUGGUCAACUAAAUGGUAUUCCUGUAGCUAUUGGAAUUAUGGAUUUUCAGUUUAUGGGGGGCAGUAUGGGAUCCGCAGUAGGUGAGAAAAUCACCCGUUUGGUAGAAUAUGCUACUAAUCAACUUUUACCUCUUAUUCUGGUAUGUGCGUCCGGAGGAGCGCGUAUGCAAGAAGGAAGUUUGAGCUUGAUCCAAAUGGCUAAAAUCUCUUCUGCUUUAUAUGAUUAUCAAAAAAAUAAAAAGUUAUUCUAUGUAUCCAUACUUACAUCUCCCACUACUGGGGGGGUAACUGCUAGUUUUGGCAUGUUGGGGGAUAUCAUUAUUGCCGAACCAAAUGCUUAUAUUGCAUUUGCUGGUAAAAGAGUAAUUGAACAAACAUUGAAUAAGGCAGUACCUGAAGGUUCACAAGCAGCUGAAUAUUUAUUCCAUAAGGGCUUAUUUGAUUCAAUCGUACCGCGUAAUCUUUUAAAGGGCGUUCUGAGUGAGUUAUUUCAAUUCCAUAAUUUCUUUUCUUUGACUAAAAAUGAUAAGGCAUAG